AUGGGCUCCCCGGCCCUCACUAUCUCGGGGUCAGAUCCGGUUCUAGCGCCAUCACCUCCGUUGCCUCCGUUACCUCCGAAGGACACUGUGCUAAGUUUGCGAACAGGGAAAGUCCGACCCUUUGCCGGCGUCAAGAUCUCAUCGGCCAUUAACAAACAGCCGCGCCAGGGCAGGGUCCAGCUCACCAGUUUCGGCUUCGUGGGCGACGAGCGCGACUUUUUCAUGCACCAGGGGCCCGACAACGCCGUUCACCAGUAUGACCCGCGACACUAUGAGGAGUGGAAGAAGAUCUUGCCCGAUCGGGACCACCGCUUCAAGAUUGGCGCUUUCGGGGAGAACAUAUCGACGCGACAUCUCUCUGAGACCAAUCUCUGCAUCGGCGAUAAGUUCCGCCUGGGUCCUGACGCCAUCAUCCAGGUGACAAUGCCCCGACAGCCCUGCUAUAAGCUGAACCAUCGCUUUGAGUACAAGAAGAUGUCGAGCCUAGCCCAGAGUACUGGCAAUACCGGAUGGCUGUAUUGCACCAUCCAGGACGGGUUGGUCCAAGAGGGCGACGACAUGGAGCUCAUUGAACGUCUCAAUCCGACAUGGUCUGUCCGGCGGGUGCAGCACUACCUGUACAAGGAUGGGAGCAACAUGGAGGCGAUAGCUGAGAUCAUCGCAUUACCAGGAUUGGGCCAGGAGCUCGUCGAACUGCUCGAACAGCGACUCUUAGCCGGCGCUGAGGACAUGAGUGGUCGGCUGCAGGGCGAUAUCACUGUGCCUUGGCGCUCAUAUAAGCUGGUCGAGAAGACGCCACUGACACCGAGGAUCCAGAAGUUCGUCUUCAACGCCGAAGAUACAGACAUCGAAGCGGAGGACCUGCAGUUUGGCCGCUUUCCCCAUGUACGAGUCAAGUUUGGCCCGGACAAAAAGUACACUCGAGCUUACUCUGUCGUAUCCGGGGACAUGAAAUCCUUUGAGCUCGGCAUUGCGAAGGACGAUAACUCACGAGGUGGUUCACUCUAUCUACACGACUAUAUGAAUAUAGGCCACACGCUGAAGGUCGCCAAAGGCCACAACGCGCCGAAGAAGCAAAACGACCAAUAUCGAUUCGGGACAAAGCGGCACAUAUUCAUCCUUGGUGGAAUUGGUGUUACUGCGUUCCUCAGUGAAAUCAAAACCCUAGUCAAGGAAUCCGCGCAGGUUGAGACCACUGUAUAUGCCAGGUCCGAAGGUCAGCGACUUCGCGUUGCUGACGUCGUGCCACCUGCAUCAAACAGUACUGAUCGCGAGGCCAUCAUCUACUGCUGCGGCCCGACAUCUCUUCUCGAAGCAUGUCGCACGCACACGAAGCAACUGGGAUAUCCCAAAUCCCACACCCAUUUCGAGGAGUUCGGCGGAGCAGCAACGGGCACUGGUGACCCAUUCGAGGCCGAGAUCAAAGCCACUGGGAAGGUCUUGCAAAUACCCGGUGAGAAGUCACUCCUGCAAGUUCUCAACGAAGCUGGGUUCGACCUUGAUUCGUCAUGUCUGGUCGGAAACUGCGGGUCAUUAAUGGUGAAUCAUUGCAAGGGCGACAUCAUACACCAGGGUGUAGCGCUUGACGACGAGCAGAAGGAAACCAGCAUGCUCUCAUGUGUUAGUCGCGGAAAAGGGCGCAUCACGGUUGAUUGCUAG